AUGAGUGUACUUGGAAAACUCAGAAAUUUCGUUUGGGGCCCUGCCGACACGCAGUAUAUCGUCAAUGACCUUACUUCGCUGUCCGUACCAGUGAGCAAUGCCGACUGCAGAAACUGCGCAGACCCUUGUGAUCAGGGUGUGUCGAAAUGUUGCCUCGUUAUCAUUUCAACUGGAAAGUACGACUGGGACAGUGAAAUCACUGACACCAAGGGCACUCUUGCCGCUCAUCUACUCCACGUAAAUGACACUCUGGGAGCUGCCAAGAAAGGACCAAAGCAGAACGGAAGAAAAUCUCGUGGCAUAUUUGAACAGUCUGAUGCUCAGAGACUCUCCAUUCUCAAUGGAAGCCAUAACACCAUUUGUGACGAUCCUACCAAGGAGACCGUCAUCGUCUUCCCUGAUUUCAAAAUCGUCGCCCAAGUUCCUCGCUCGCAAGAGGGAGCAGAGCAUUUUUGGGAUGAUUCACUCGACCCCUCAUAUGGUAGAGCUGGGGUCCCACAGGAAAAAUCAGAGCUCAAGUCAUGGGUUUUACCCUACUCCUGUGUAAUCAUGCUAUGUUCCCAUAAGAGAAGAGAUAAACGUUGUCACAUAACUGCACCCAUUUUAGCGGAAACAUUUACCCAGUAUUUGGAGAAAGAAGGAUGGGAGGUGCAUACUCAGCUCGAGGAUGUGUCGCACACCACUCCUCUGGAGAUGACAGAAGCGGGUAAAUCUCAAGAGGAGAAGGAGGAAUCUUUUAUAGCUCAUCUUAAAACGCUUCCCGAUGAGCACAAGGUACUCAUCGUUCGUACGUCACAUUUCGGAGGCCAUAAGUUUGCCGGAAAUUGUAUUCAUACUCCAAGCGGCUCGAGUAUCUGGUAUGGACGGGUGACGCCUCACGAGGUUGAGUCCAUCGUGAAGAAUACGAUCAUCAAUGGAAAGGUACUACCUACUAUUCUUCGCGGUGGACUUAACCUUUCUCGCCCAGGCUGCAGUAGCGUUUACGACUGGUAA